AUGUUUCCACCAGCAAGAAGAUUCUUACUAGCGAAGAGAUACUACAGUCAUGAAAAUCCAUUGAAUUUACCUAAAUUUGGUGCUUCGACAGCAAAUGGCCCAUCAAUUGCUCGUAAAGGGUUGCCAGUAAAGCAAAAUAUACCCAAUGUCAAAAAUAUAAUAUUAGUUUCAUCAGCAAAAGGAGGAGUUGGAAAAUCCACAGUAUCAGCAAAUACAGCAUUAGCUUUACAAAAAUUGGGUAAAAAAGUUGGACUAUUAGAUGCGGAUAUUUUUGGACCUUCAAUUCCCAAAUUAAUGAAUUUAAAAGGCGAACCAAGAAUAUCUCAAACAACUGGAAAAUUAUUACCAAUGAUUAAUUACGGAGUACAAACUAUGUCAAUGGGGUAUUUGGUGAAAGAUGAGCAAGCUGUAGUAUGGAGAGGAUUAAUGGUUAUGAAAGCAAUACAACAAUUACUAUUCGAUGUUGAAUGGUCUCCAAUAGAUUAUUUAGUGAUUGAUAUGCCUCCUGGUACUGGUGAUACUCAGUUAUCAAUAAGUCAACUUUUAAAAGUUUCUGGCGCUGUAAUAGUUACUACUCCACAAGAUAUGGCAUUAAUUGAUGCAGUGAAAGGUAUUACAAUGUUUAAAAAAGUUAAUAUUCCGAUAGUUGGUAUUGUUCAAAAUAUGAGUUAUUAUUUAUGUCCAAAUUGUAAUCAUGAAUCUCACAUUUUUAAAAACAACGGUGCUCAAAAACUAGCCGAUGAAAAUGGAGUUGAUAUUAUUGCUAAUAUUCCGUUAAAUGAAAAUAUUUGUCUACAAUCUGAUGCUGGUAAGCCGAUAGUUGUUUCAGAUCCAGAUGGUGAGAUCUCCAAGAAUUAUUUUGAUAUAGCUAGAUCUAUAAUCAAAUUCGAAGAAUCACAAAAAAAUAAAUAG